UUCUUUUUAUAACCUUUAAGUUAAUUCAGAAUUCAGAUCAGUCUUGAUCUGAGGAUGCUAUAACCACAGCAAGCAACAUGGGAGUGGCUCCAUUUCCCAAGUUCCCAGAUGAAGAACUCACAUGAAUGAAUAAUAAAAUAUGGGCAAUGAAAGGAGGAAAGGGGGUGAAAAGGACUGAAGUGACACACUGCAGGCUUUUGAAGAGUGGAGCCCUUGUUAAACCUCUAGAGAAAUCUGGAAGGAGACUUCAAAAAACAUGAUGUGAUGUCUCCUGCUGGAGACAGGGCAUGAGGUGCAGGGAAGGGGAGGUGGCGUGAUCUGGGACAAUGAUGAUGCGAUGUUGAAGAAUAAGCUGGAGGAGAGAAGCAACAGGCACCAUGGAAAAAACCAAAACAAAGCAAGGAGAGAAUGAACAUAUGCCGGUGAAUAGUCCUUCCACACAGAUUUACCAGGCUUUGAAGUACAAGUCUUCCCUGAACCUACCUCCAGUGGGAGCCCGCCUCCAGCGGCAGGAUGGAGGGAUCAUAACCUCUCUAGAGCAGCUUCAUGAAAAAAUCAACGAGAUGAGGAACGUGUUCAACUCGCUGGAGAACAAGUUGCAGGCAUUAGCCUCCGAACUGAAAACUGGGUUCACAGAAGCAAUGCAGGAACUGUCAAGAAUUCAACAUGGAGAAUAUGCUUUGGAAGAAAAGGUUAAGAGCUGUAGGUGUUCCAUGGAAGAAAAAGUUACUGAGAUGAAGAAUUCAUUAAACUAUUUCAAGGAAGAGCUAAGCAAUGCCAUGUCAAUGAUCCAGGCUAUAACUUCCAAACAAGAAGAAAUGCAACAGAAAAUUGAACAGCUUCAACAGGAGAAGAGAAGAGAGUCUCGAAAAGUUAAAGCCAAAAAAACUCAAAAAGAAGAACAUGGCACACAGGCUGGGCCCACACAAGCACAAGGAAGCCCUUUCCGCUCCAUCAAUAUCCCCGAACCUGUUCUGCCAAGUGAAGAUUUCACAAAUAUUUUGCCUUCUCAGGCCUAUGAAAAAGCCCAAGAGUCCAGAUCUGUUCAUGUAGGAGAUGGUAAUGUGAAGGGAAUGAUGGGUCCUGGAGUGAACCCAACAACUCCAGAAACAGAUGAAAACCUCAAGCCUUGUCUCUCAGCUGAUAUCCAGCCCAAAGGCCAUCUCUCAUCUGGUGUAUGGAGGCAGCCCAAGGAUGGCAAAGAAUGGGGCGAAGAAUAUGUCACGAAAGACCACCCAGAUAAACUCAAGGAAGCUGGCCAGGCUAGACACAGCUCCCUGGAAAAUGUUUUAUGUGAAACCUCUUUAGCUGCUAAAAGACAAACUGUGGCUCUGGAACUGCUUGAAUCUGAAAGAAAAUAUGUUAUUAACAUUUCCCUGAUCCUGAAGAUAAAGGCAACAUUCCAGGGCUCAGAUGGAAAGAGGAAUUCCAAAGAGAGAAGCCUCUUCCCUGGAUCUUUACGGUACAUUGUCCAGCAGCACCUGGACUUGCUUCAUGCUCUGCAGGAAAGGGUCCUGAAAUGGCCACGCCAAGGAGUUCUUGGAGAUUUAUUUCUUAAACUAACAAAUGAUGAGAAUAACUUCUUGGAUUAUUAUGUUGCCUAUCUGAGGGAUUUGCCUGAAUGCAUCUCAUUGGUUCAUGUUGUUGUUCUGAAGGAGGGUGAUGAAGAGAUUAAAUCUGACAUCUACACACUGUUUUUUCACAUAGUCCAGCGGAUCCCUGAAUAUCUGAUACAUCUGCAGAAUGUUCUGAAGUUCACAGAGCAGGAACACCCUGACUAUUACCUACUACUGGUGUGCGUUCAGCGUCUCCGAGUAUUCAUCUCACACUACACCCUGCUGUUUCAGUGCAAUGAAGAUUUGCUUAUUCAGAAACGGAAAAAGCUCAAGAAGUCAUCCAUGGCGAAGCUGUACAAAGGGCUGGCUUCCCAGUGUGCAAAUGCUGGCCAAGAUGCUUCUCCCACUGCAGGCCCUGAGGCUGUCCGAGAUGGUGGGAUCCACUCAGAAGAGAUUCUGCAGCCCUACCCAUCUGCUCCCAGUUCUGGCCCCACUGUCACACACCUCAUGCCCCCUGCGAAGAAAGGCCAACAGCAGCAAAGCAUGAUGGAGAGCAUGCAGCCCGGGAAGCCCAGCGACUGGGAGAUGGAGGGCAGAAAGCACGAGAGGCCCGAGAGCCUGCUGGCGCCGGCGCAGUUCUGUGCGGCCGAGCAGGACGUGAAGGCGCUCGCCGGGCCCCUGCAGGCCAUCCCCGAGAUGGACUUCGAGCCCUCUCCCGCCGAGCCGCUGGGCAACGUGGAGCGCUCCCUGCGCGCCCCCGCCGAGCUGCUGCCCGACGCCCGCGGCUUCGUGCCGGCGGGCUACGAGGAGUUCGAGUACGGCGGCGAGAUCUUCGCGCUGCCUGCGCCCUACGACGAGGAGCCCUUCCAGGCCCCGGCCCUCUUCGAGAACUGCUCGCCGGCCUCUUCCGAGUCCAGCCUGGACAUCUGUUUCCUGCGUCCCGUCAGCUUCGCCAUGGAGGCCGAGCGGCCCGAGCACGCGCUGCAGCCGCUGCCCAAGAGCGCCACGUCGCCGGCGAGCAGCAGCGGCGCCUACAAGCUGGAGGCGGCGGCGCAAGCGCAGGCGCACGGCAAGGCCAAGCCGCUGAGCCGCUCGCUCAAGGAGUUCCCGCGCACGCCGCCCGCCGAGGGCGUGGCCCCGCGCCUCUACAGCACGCGCAGCAGCAGCGGCGGCCGCGCGCCGCUCAAGGCCGAGCGCGCCGAGCGCGCCGAGCGAGCAGUGCAGCCCCACAGCUCGGCCGCCGGCGCCGCAGUACCCCGCGGCGCGCCGCGAACCUUCUUCCCCCAACAGAGGUCCCAAAGCGAAAAACAGACCUAUUUGGAAGUAAGGAGGGAGAUGCAUUUAGAAGACACCACCCGAUUCUGUCCAAAGGAAGAAAGAGAAAGUGAACAAACAUCUUUCAGCGAUCAAAAUCCCAGGCAAGACCAGAAAGGGGGCUUUCGCAGCUCCUUCCGCAAGCUCUUUAAAAAGAAGUCCAGUGGAUCAGAAUACAGGGAAAAAACUAAUGAGAAUCCCUCAAUGGAUCCUUCACCCACCAAACAAGAUUUCUUCAGAAACCGACUUGCUCUUGCAAAUGACCUUGACCAAGGAACAGCUGUGUAAAACAUAUUUAAAGUUGUAUUGUCAAGUGGUAAGAUGAGGAUAAAAAGCUUGUAUAUAUCUGUGUAGGAAUAUAUAUACAUAUAUAUAUAUAUAUAUAUAUCAAUGUAUAAAUCCCUGAGGAAAACUAAUAUAAAUAUUUCCAUAUGAAAUUAAAUCAACAUACAAGACACUGAAGAGAUGAAGAUUAGUGUAUGGUUAAGACCUGACUUUUUGAAUCUGAAUACUUGGAAAAAGGGAAACGAAGACUUCAUAUCAUUAAAGAAAAACACAAUCAAUUUGGAGGAAAAUAAAUGUUUGUAAGAACAAAACCUUGCACCUUGAAGUCUUUCCCCAAGUAUAACAUUGAGCAUGUUCAUAUUUAACAGGGAUGUGAAUUUUGUGUUUCCUAGGCAUUUAGCUUAUUAAUUCAUCCCAGGGUGCUUAGACUAAUAUACACUGUUAGGGGCCAAUUGUGUCUUGCCAUAUGUUUUCAGAACUCCCAAGGCAAUAGGUAACAUCUCUUAAGGCAAAGUAGAUUAAUUAACAGAACUGUAUUUUACAUGUUGCAAAUCUGAGUUAUGAAGAAUUUGUGCUUAAACCACGAUACAAGAAGUUCAAAACUUAAAGACACACUGCUCUCCAAACUUGUUUGGUGGUAAUGGAAAACAGUAAUGGGAAUAAUGAUUUCCUUAAACACAAUGAGUAGCUGGGGAACAAAAAAAAUAAAAGCCCCACAUUUUCCCCUCGUAUGGAUUGUAUUGAGGAUGGGAAUAGUAAAGAGUCUUUGCACUGUUGAGUACUCAGUAUUCCAGAUCCACCUGCAAUCCUAAGUGUCACACACUCUCAUGACCAGAUGGAUUAGGAAAAAAGCAUUUAAAAAAGACCUUCUUCAGUCUAGACAGAAGGUGGCAACAGGACUUUAACAGUACACACAUAGUGGUUACUACAAAUACCAGGUCAUAAUGAAAACUUAGGGAUGCAGUACCUAACUUGUUCCAGAAGUUGUAAAGAAAUAAAGUUCUUAUAGCUCAGAUAAAGGAAUCAUAAUGCAAUGUCCCAAAUGGUCAGUGUCCUUGAUAUGCCUCAAAUAUCCCACUGAUAAUAAAAAAAAAAAUAGGUUUAAAAAUUUGUCUCCAUUUCUAGUCACUUACCUAUAAAAAUUAGGAGUAUUUGACUUCUGUACAUUCAAAAUCUUAGUACUCUAAGAAGAAACUGACUUCUUCAGACCCUUUUCCUCUAUGAAUGCACUGUUUGAUAAAAUAGGGCAUGUUUCAUUUCUAAGUGUUACAGCUUUUCUUCUCUGACAAUUAGGAACAUAGUAGUUUGAACAAUAGGUUUCUGGAUCAUGUUAAGAAUCACUGCCAAGUUUUUGGAGUUCGCAAUAUUACAUUUAAGUCAACCUGGUCACCGAGGUGCACAUCUGUCAUUCUAAAUACUUGGGAGAUUGAGGCAGGAAGAUAUCAAGUUCAAGCCCAGUCUGAGCAACUUAGUGAGUUCUUGUCUAAAUGAAAAAGGGCUGGAGCACUUGCCUAACAUGUGUGAGGCCCUGGGUUUGAUCCCCAGCACUGCCAAAGAAAAAAAGAAAUUAAUGGAUUAAUUUGAAAUUAUCAGGCCAAAGUUGUUUUGAGGCAGUGCUUUGAAAAGCACAAUGCCAGAUCAACUGGACAUGAAAACAGAAGUCAUAACCCCUUAAAUAAAAUGUAAUUAACAGUGAAGAAAUUCCUUUCCCUUUUAUAUCCUGUUUUUCAUCAAAAUUUUUAGUUACUAGGAAGAUUUUUUUAAAAAUCACACCCAUCUCAAAUUUCAUUUGAUAACAUCCUCUGAAAUAUCUUGAUGUUACAUUUAUAACACAACUCAACCAAUGAAACUAAUAAUAAUUAUGCUAUUCUGGGUCUCUGUCUCCUGAAAUCUGAAUUUUGGGGGUACCUUUCUAACUGCCUGGAAGCAUUCUACCCCUAUUUCCUACAUGUUUCUAACACACUAAUAUUCUGAAAUACUGCUCAAUAUGAAACUCUUCAACUGUUCUUUGUAUUAUCAACUAAAUUCCUUGACUUGACAUUUAAAGUUGUCCUUCUAUAGUAUGACUGCUAGUUUUCUUUCUCAUUGUCAUUUCAUACUUUGCAGUUCUGGAUGCACUAACUUAUCUUAAUUGAACUGGAUUUCUGUUGUUUGCCAGUGAACCAUGUACCUUGCCCAGGCUCACUCUUGCUUCAUACCUUUUCUCUAGCUGCUGCUUCUCUGUUAAUCUUAAGAUCCAAUUUAAGCCCCAUCAUCUUUUUGUGACCUAUUUGGUAUGACUAGUUUAUCUUUUGAUGUAUUUGUAUUAUCUUCCCAUUAAGAAUGCAAGUCCUCUCAAGGGACUAUGCCAUAUCUUUUUUUUUUUUAUUCUCCUCCAUUGCUAGAAAUGUACAUAGUAGGUGCUCAAUAAAUGAUUGAUGCCAAUUUUCAUGGUGGUGCUAUAAUAGGUAGAGGGAUAUAGAAUAUAAUUACUACUCUUGAUUUCACAAAGAGCCUCAAGGGGUAUUCUUUAUCUUUGGCCUUUCACUUUUUUAAAGGAAAAAAGUCACAAAGAAAAUAACAGUUGUCUUCAGAAGCAGUUAAAAGUUCUGCUACCAUUUUCAUAAUACCUAGCAUUAGAAAACAUCUCUCCAAUUAAAAGAAAGAGUUUGCUAUUUUUUGUUGUCCUGACUUAUUUUGUAAUCUUUCUAGGUAGUACUAUACAUUGACAGAGACAGGAUGCUUGUGAUAGUAAUGAUAUGUAAUGUAAUAUGGUAUUAGGGAUGAAAGUCAGUGUGGGAGUUGAACAGUUGUUAAUCUGUGAUCUCCAGUCCUCUGGAGAAAUGCAGUUUACACAUGAGACCACAGAUGUCUUUGGGAAGUGUUUGGGUUGAUGAAUAGAAAGAAGCACUCCACCAAAAGAUGGAGGUUCUUGCACAGGCUAGGGAGUUACAGCAGGUCUGUUCUGUAACCUUGCAGGAUCUACAUACAAGUCUAAGCAAGACAGUCUUGUUUCUCCGACUUCAGAAUUAGAACCUUUGAGAACCAUGGAUUUGUGUGCUCUAAGGUUCGCUCCAGUGGGCUAUUCUGUAUUUAACAGUUUAAAGUAACCUAAGACUUGAAACUAGAAUGUCAGGGAAGCACUUUGGAUGGCAUUUUCUUUCACACCCCAUGUCUCAUCCCCUCACCUCCUUCAAGUCUUUACUCAUAUGUCACCUUCUCCAUGAGGGCACUUGUAAAACUACAGAUUCCUGGGCACUAUUUCAGUCCCAUUUUAUUAGGGAUAUUUGAGGACGGGGUCCAGGAAUCUGCAGUUUAUUUCUUUUUUGUGAUGCUGGGAAUCAAACCCAGGGCUUCAUCAACACUAGGCAAGCGCUCCACUACUAAGUUACAGUCUCAGCCUCAGGAAUCUGCAUUUUAAAUGAACUCAUGUUAUUUUCUUUGGUCCACUGAAAUUUUAGAGCCACUACCUCUUAGACCAGCAAAUUGAAUGAUCUAGUAUGCAAAUUUCAGGACAGGUGGUUGGUUAGACUUGAGGUACAAAAAACUAAUUGUUGAAACCCAAGUGAGUAUUUUUGUAUUUUUAUCAGCUGUAACCUUCAACAUCAUAUACAGCAAAAUUUUUAUUAAAAAUAUACAUAUAUACACAUGGUGAGUAUAUUUUAUGAAGUGGUAAAGUUGCAUUUUACAGAGAAUUGAUUGCAUGUACUUAAAAAUGACAAAUGUCUUACAUUAAAUUGUAUAAUAAAAUUGUCUAGUUUUCAGACUAAACUUUUUCUUGAAACCAUCACCAUUAAUAACUUCCCUCCUGAGCAUAAAAACAAUGCUUUCAGGACAGUUGGAAUUCUCAUAUUCUGAAAGAUGAUUUAAA